CGCUCCGCAGCGGUACGCCAGAAGCGCUUAUGGCGUAGAGAGGAUGCUCCCGUCGUCACCAGGAACCCCGCCUCAGCAGAUUGUAGAACAAGUCGCAUUGGGACCCGCAAGAAGGAUAGCUGGCUGACAGAUGGAUGCUCUGGAUGCUGUAGGGCUACAGUGGUGACGUCAAUGUCUACUGAACGAGGAUGGGCAGGGGAGUUUAACACCCAUGGCCAGCCAUGCAGCUAG